AUGGGAAAAGCGAGACUCACCUUAUCAGCUCAUCGCAAGAAAAGAAGAUUAAACCCAGCACUAGUUCAGUACAAUGAAAAGAGAAGAAGGCAAGCAGAAGAUGGAAAUUCUAUAGAUCAGCAGCUUGAAGGGGGAAAUCUGACUAAUUGUAUGCUUCAACAAGUAAGCUGUGUGGAUGAUGAAGAGUGUGGGACAAGAAUUAGUGGUAGAAGAAUAGUGAAUAUUGGGGACCUUUUUAAACAAAUAAAACAGUUGGACAAUCACAGCCCAUUUGGCUGCAAAUUCGCUGAUUUUGAAAUAGUUUCGGAGAAGAGGGUCGGCAUCAAAAGUGGAUUCGGUGUCAAAUGUAAAAUGUGCUCUUACCAAAGUACUUUGUGGACUGAAUUAAAUAAUGAAAAACUGAUGGAUGUGAACACUGGUGCUGUUUGUGGGACGGUUACAACUGGCGGUGGUCAUGCUCAGGUAGAGGAGUUUUUAAGUGUCCUCGACAUACCACCAAUGUCACAAAAAACGUUUAAAAAGUAUGAAGAGAAGGUGUCAGCGGGUUGGACAGCAACGGCGUUGUUGGAGAUGGAAGCAGCGGCUGCAGAGGAGGCACGGCUGGCGCGAGAGGACGGCGACCUUGAUAAGGACGGCACGCCGCUUAUCACCGUGGUUGCUGACGGGGCUUGGUGCAAAAGAUCGUACAGGACAAACUACUCCUCCUUGUCAGGCGUUGCGGCAAUCGUGGGUUUCAGAACCAGAAAAGUGAUUUUCCUUGGUGUGAAGAACAAAUAUUGUACUACCUGUGCACGGGCCGAAGGAAAGGGUGAUGCAGCUCAACCGCAUACAUGCUACAAAAACUGGGGGAUGAAGCAAAGUUCGACCAGCAUGGAGGCAGCGAUUAUCUGCGAGGGGUUCAAGAAAAGUGAAGAAAUGCAUCAAAUACGGUAUGCUAGAUUAAUCGCAGAUGGCGACAGUAGUGUCUAUAAAAGAAUAUUAGAGAGCCGACCAUAUAAACAUUUUACGGUCGAAAAAGUAGAAUGUAAAAACCAUCUUCUUCGAAAUAUGUGUACCAGGAUGAAGGCUGUUGCAUGCUCCAAAACACAGAAGUCCUCUGUACUCCUUCGAAAAAAAAUUGGGGAUAGCAUAUUGCGAUGCAGGGUGGCCGUAACAAAAGCUAAAGAUUACCGGAAAACAGAAAACCGACUUAUCAACGAGAAGAUUGAUUGUUUGAGGGAAGAUAUUCUCAAUAUUCCGAGCCACAUCUUUGGCGAACACAAACAGUGUAAGGAACGAGGAUAUUUCUGCGAACAAGACCCAACAACUGCUCCAGCAACAAACAACUUAGUACCACAGCUCACCUCUGUUGGACUAUAUUCAGCGAUCUGUGAAGUGUUCAGAGAUGUAAGUCGACAUAGCCGGAGUUUGCUGAUUGAUGUCACGAGCAACUAUGUUGAACACUUCAACUCCAUUGUUGCGAAAUUCGUUGGUGGAAAGCGAAUUAAUUUCGCCUUAAGCGGUUCGUAUCAAGGUCGCUGUACAGCUGCUGUGGUACAGUACAACUCCGGCCAAGCCCACUACAAGUUUCACAAGGCGGUAUAUAAAUCUAGUCCCGGUACUUUUGCUAAAAGCAAUCAAAUGAAAAGGAAAAGGAAAAUGGACAAGAAGAGGAACAGCAAGAGAUGCCGCAAGUCUUUAUUCUCAAACAAUAUGAAUGAAGAAAUUGAUUACGGACUAAACGCACAAAGGCCGGAUAUUGACGAGAAAACCAUGGAAAGAGAAUCAGAAGAGUUUCUGGCCAGUCUAAAAAAAACGGAUGAAGAACGUCACCGGAUUGAGCGAGAAACAGUCCUUCAGUCUGACAGCAGCGAAUGGCUUGAACUGCGGAGGAGCCUUCUUACGGCAUCAAACUUUGGACGAGUGUGCAAAAUGCGCCCAACCACUGGUUGCGAGUCGUUGGUCAAGCAAAUACUUUACACAGUUGUCGAUUGUGAAGCUAUGCAAUAUGGCAGGACCAACGAAGAGACAGCGAGAGUAGUCCUAGAAAAGGAAAUCGGAGAAAAUGUGCUAAAGUGUGGAAUUUUUAUAGACAGUGAGUACCCUUUCCUUGGAGGAAGUCCUGAUGGUCUGGUGAGUGAUGUUGCCACUGUGGAAAUCAAGUGUCCAUCAUCAGCUAAAGACUUAACACCAGAGGACGCAAUCAAGACAAGGAAAUGCACCUUCUGGACACUUGAAAAAAAUGGGGAAAUAGACACGGCUUCCUCUGCAAGUUCGUCGGAACUCAUGGGCCAGUUUACAGAAUCUUCCACAAGCCACGAGGGGCCUGACCACCACAACUUGUGGUCCACCAGAGCUUUAGGAGACAACCCUCGUGAAGCGCAAUCGGCUGGAUUCUCUUUGCCAGGAACAUACCAUCAUACCUCCAACGAGCUAAUGGCUCUGUUUCCUGUAUAA